CAUUUCAUACCAAACAAACCUAAAAGGCAAAAUGCAGUGGGGGGGAGGGAAUCGGUGAAAUCGUUUUAACCGUUUUAACGCCGCAGUUAAGACAGGGAGCAGUAGUGUGCAAUUUUCCGACUGGUAUUCAAAAUCCAUAGUAGGUUACCUAUGUAACAUAUUUUCAUCGAGAACAGAUUGAACACAAAAGAAGAGAUGUUUUACCAUAUAUCUUUGGAGCAUGAAAUCUUACUCCACCCCAGGUAUUUUGGUCCCAAUCUUUUAAAUACCGUGAAGCAGAAGCUUUUUACAGAAGUGGAGGGCACUUGCACCGGGAAGUAUGGUUUUGUCAUCGCAGUCACUACCAUUGACAACAUCGGGGCAGGAGUGAUCCAGCCAGGCAGAGGGUUUGUUUUGUAUCCAGUAAAAUACAAGGCAAUUGUCUUCCGGCCAUUUAAAGGGGAAGUUGUGGAUGCUGUAGUGACACAGGUUAACAAGCUUGGUUUGUUCACAGAAAUUGGACCCAUGUCAUGUUUCAUCUCUCGACACUCCAUCCCCUCAGAAAUGGAGUUUGAUCCCAACUCUAAUCCACCGUGUUAUAAGACUGUUGAUGAGGAUAUUGUGAUCCAGCAAGAUGAUGAGAUCAGGUUAAAGAUUGUAGGAACAAGAGUUGACAAAAAUGACAUUUUUGCCAUUGGAUCGCUAAUGGAUGACUAUCUCGGUCUUGUGAGCUGAUCUGCAUCGGAGGAGAUUAAAUUAGUUAUUAGUGUAGUCUCUCUGUAACGGGCGAUUAAGUCUAUUUUUUUUCCAGAUAUUUUUUUCUGUAGUAGGUAUAGUUUAAUAGUGUUAUUGGUGAUACACUCCUAUUUCCAUCAAUGUUGUGAGUAGUCACUUGAUUUUUAGGUCUCGAUUUAAGUGGCAAUGUGAGCCACUUGUUGAAAUAUUUUUUGUUUUUACUUUGUAUUCAUUUAACGGGAAAGGUUUACUCAUGUUAGUCUAUUACAAAAACGACUAUUUCUAUCAUCGUUGCAAUGUGUGACUUUAUUUUUUGUUUUCAGGUAUAUCUUUUUUCAACAACUAUUUUUAUAUGAUUUGUUGUUUGUAAAAUGAACCACGGGACAUAAUAAACAUUUUGUGUUAUAUCUGU